GGUCUCUACGUGCUGAGGUGAAUCUCUCGCAUCAAUGGAUUUGCGUAAACAGAUGUGGACAGUGCUAGCAGUGCUUUCUCUUAUCGUUCAACAUUCUCAGGCCAAAGUCCACUGGGAAGUCCAACGAUAUGACGGCUGGUAUAACAACUUAGCCUAUCACAGUCGAGGUGCUGUUGGUUCCCCCCUGGUCCGCCUCCUGCCCGCGCGCUACUCUGACGGGGUCCUCCAGCCGCUCCAGGAGCCACAGCUUCCCAACCCGCGCAGGGUCAGCGAUGUGACGGCCAGGGGCCCCUCGGGCCUACCCUCUGCACAUAACCAGACUGUACUCUCUGUAUUCUUCGGGUACCACGUUGUAUUUGAGAUCCAGGACUCCCGGCCUCCCGGCUGUCCYCCKGARUUCAUGCACAUCCCCGUCCCAGAGGGAGACCCAGUCUUUGACCCCAACCGUACCGGCCGGGUCCUACUGCCAUUCCAGAGGGGGCCCUGGGAAAAACACUCCAGCCAGAGCCCCAAUAACCCCCGCACCACAGUGAACCUGGUGACAGCGUGGCUGGACGGCAGCUCUAUCUACGGCCCGUCUAGUUCCUGGUCUGACGCCCUGAGGAGUUUCUCUGGAGGUCUCCUAGCCUCGGGGGAGCAGUGGGACAUGCCCAAGAGGAGCGGGGGCAGUAACCUCAUGUGGAGCGCUGCUGAUCCCUCCACUGGUCAGCAUGGACCUGAGGGACUCUAUGAGUUGGGUAACGCCUGGGGCAACGAGAAUGUGUUCACCAUGGCCGAGGGGAUCGUGUGGUUUCGCUACCACAAUUACAUCGCCUCCCGGCUACGUGAGAAACACUCGUCGUGGUCUGACGAAGACCUGUUUCAAAGCGCCAGGAAAACCGUGGUCGCCACUUUCCAGAAUAUUGCAUUCUAUGAAUGGCUGCCUGAUUUCCUGGCGAAAAGAGUCUUGUCUCCUGCAGGCUACCAGAAGUUUGUGGAUCCAGGGAUCUCGCCUGAGUUUCAGGCAGCUGCCAUACGUUUUGCCUCUACGAUGGCUCCCCCUGGUGUCUUCAUGAGAAACAGAACGUGCCACUUUCAAAAGGUUGUCAACAUCGAUGGGAGYACGUCACCAGCCAUGCGAAUGUGUAACAGCUUCUGGAACCGUCAGAACCCCAACCUGAAGUCAGGACAGGAUAUAGACCGUCUGAUUAUGGGCAUGACCUCGCAGAUCGCAGAGAGAGAGGACAACAUCAUCGUGGAAGACUUAAGAGAUUACAUGUACGGUCCUCUGCGGUUCUCGCGGUCGGACCUGGUGGCUCUGACGGUGCAGAGAGGCCGAGACUUUGGUCUGCCCAGCUACAACCAGGUCAGAGAGGGCCUUGGCCUGGCCCCUGUAGAGAGGUGGGGAGACGUGAACCCUCAGCUCAACACCACCAACCCACAGCUAUUCAGGGACCUUGCAGACCUGUACCACGGGGACAUUUCUAAACUGGAGCUGUUUCCCGGAGGUCUCCUAGAGUCUGUGGACGGUCCUGGUCAGGUCUUCUCCUCUAUCAUACUGGACCAGUUCAACCGCAUCAGGAACGGGGACCGCUUCUGGUUCGAGAACAAACAAAACGGUCUGUUCACAGCUGAAGAGAUGCAGGUCAUUCGGAACACAACCUUUCAUGACGUCAUUACAGCGGUCACCAGCGCGGAGGCUGGGGACAUACAGAGAAGAGUCUUCUUCUGGAAGGAUGGUGACCCUUGUCCCCAGCCCUCUCAGGUCACGACCUCUGAGCUCCACCCCUGCACCAACGCCACCAAGCUCAACUACUUUGACGCCGGGAGUAAAGCCGGCUUCGGCAUCCUAGUCAUCUGCCUGUUCCUCUUUCCAGUUGGUCGGUAUCCGAUGUUAACCAAUCAGAAUCCACAUGCACAUUUUACAGUCAUUCUCAGGUCAGGUCAGAAGGCAGGAGCUCACGACACAACAAAGGAACCCGCUGCUGGAAUCACAGCCUGUGAGUGGCAGGGGCCUAAGAAGCCCCUACGUCCAGUCAAUCUGUUGGUGGAUGAUAAGAGGAGACUGCAGGUGUUUGACCAGUCUGGACCCGCUCAACGGUCACUCGGCCUUGGUUCCCAGACCCACCUGGACGUCCUGCUGUCCAGUGACUAUUACCGCAGGGCUCUGCUGAUGAAAGUACCCAAAGAGUAUGACCUGGUGCUGUACUUUGAGGACGAGGGCCAGCGUGGAGAGUUUGUCCGGUACCUUCGCUCUGAGGUGACAGUCAGUGGACAGGAGCUGGCGGUGAGGGACAUGACAGAGAAGGAGCUACUGAGAGAGGCAGUGACCAGAGACCAGAGGACUCAGAUAGUUGAGUCCUUCAUCAGGAGUGCCUUUGCCAAGGUCCUGGAGAUAGAGAAGGCUGGUGUCAGAGACCUGAGUGGUGCGUCCUGUAGGAAGACCCGGGAAGCCCUGCAGACUGAGCUGACGGGAACUGAGUUUGCCGACGCUCUGGGACUCAAACCGGACUCGCUCUUUGUCGACUCCAUGUUCACGCUGGCCGACAAGGACGGAAACGGAUACCUCUCCUUCCRGGAGUUCCUCGACGUCAUCGUCAUUUUCAUGAAAGGUUCACCAGAGGAAAAAUCCAAACUGAUGUUCUCAAUGCACGACGUUGACGGAGACGGUUUCUUAUCAAAAGAGGAUUAUUCCAGACUACUUCGGUCAUUCAUUGAGAUCUCCAGCAGCCUUCUGUCUAAGGGCCAGGCUGAGGAGGCUAUCCAAGCCAUGCUACAGGCCGCGGGCUUCAACGACAAGGAACAGAUCACCUGGGAGGACUUCCACUUCUUGCUCCGGGACCACGAGAAGGAGCUGAAAUUUGCCCAGCUCAACAUUAAAGGGAUGGAAAGGAGGAGGAAACAGACUGAGUCGAAACCAACGUGUAUCUUUCAUCACACCGAGAGGAAAAUCUCGUCCUUAGAAGGGGACACACAGGUCUCCAGCAGCCUGGGGAAAGACGGACAAGAGCUUCGUAGACGACAAGGGAAAAGCAAACACAAGGACACCACUUCUACCCUCUMGACGCCGUCCUCUGACAACCUCACGAAGAUCGGGCCCCAGAGUCCUAAGGUCUACGUGAAGCCUAAGAAGGAUCGCUCCAACAGAACCGUCCAGCAGAAGAUCCAGCACUUCAAACGUUUCAUAGAGAACUACCGUCGCCACAUCGUCUGUUUCACCGUUGUCUACGGCAUCACAGCCGGAGUGGCUCUGGAGAGAUGCUACUUCUAUGGUUUGCAGGCAGACUCUUCGGGCRUGCCGGAGACGUCGGCGGUGGGUAUAGUGGUGUCUCGUGGUUCGGCGGCGGCCAUCUCCUUCCUGUACCCCUACAUGUUGCUGACGGUGUGCCGUAACCUCAUCACCCUGGGACGAGAGACCUUCCUCAACCGAUACAUCCCUUUCGACGCCGCUAUAGACUUCCAUCGCUUCAUGGCCAUGUCCGCCAUCUUACUCACAGGAUCCCCCGGACUGCUCUUUCCUGCGACAAACUCAUCAGCCUCAACAGGAGAGAAGGUGGAGAUCCCUGUGGUCAAUGCUACGCUGCUGCCCUCAGAAGUGACAUUCCUGGAGUUCAAGCGUCCCCAGGGCUUUGUGUCCGCUCAGGCCAGUGGGUGAGGGGUGGCGUGUCUGGCGCUUGGCACAGAGAGUUAUCACCCAUUCACCCUGACGUCAGCUCCACAUGAGGAGACCCUCAGCCUUCACAUCCGCGCCAUAGGCCCCUGGACCAACCUCCGAGAGGCAUACGCCCCCAACCAACCUGGAACAACUGGGGAACUAUCCAAGCUGUACCUGGACGGGCCGUUUGGGGAGGGCCACCAGGAUUGGACAAAUUUUGAGGUGUCAGUGCUGGUGGGAGGAGGGAUUGGAGACCCCUUCGCUUCCAUCCUCAAGGACCUGGUGUUCAAGUCCUCAGUCAAGUUCAAGAUACAGUGUAAAAAAAUAUACUUUAUCUGGGUGACACGGACGCAGCGUCAGUUUGAGUGGGUGUCUGACAUCAUCCGGGAGGUGGAGGAGCAGGACAGUCUGGAUUUGGUCUCUGUCCACAUCUACAUCACACAGCUGGCAGAGAAGUUUGACCUGCGAACCACCAUGCUGUACGUGUGUGAGCGUCACUUCCAGAAGGUGUGGAACAAGAGCCUCUUCACCGGCCUGCGCUCCGUCACCCACUUUGGCCGUCCACCAUUCGUCUCCUUCUUCAGUUCUCUGCAGGAGGUGCACCCUGAGGUGGGUAAGAUUGGUGUGUUCAGCUGUGGUCCUCCUGGUCUCACUAAGAACGUAGAGAAGGCCUGCCAACAGAUGAACAAGAGAGACCAAACACAUUUCAUACAUCACUAUGAGAACUUCUAACAACAGGACUGGGGAAUACCCAUAAUACACCACUUUCUACUGUGCCCGAAUAACAAUGAAGAAAGAACAGUUUAUGAGUCCUUCAGACUAGAUUUUACGACUUAUAAAUUCUUUAAAAUUAAAAUAUAAAAUACUGUCUACUGCUUUUAUGUAAUACUGCACAUCAUCUGGAUUUUUUUUGUUCUCCAAAACUAAAAUAAAUAAAGAGAAGUAGAAUAGUUUGUAUAAUUGUUGUAUGCUGAGUAAUCCCUGCAGAUGACGGAGCAAAGGGAGCGGCUGCAUCCCCACUUUGAAAAUGGAGGUGCAAACGUAUGUUUUUGCACAACCACUUUUAUUUAUUUUUUAAACAGGAUAUUAUCAUAAUCCAUUGGGUAGAUUUGUCAUUUUUCAAUGAUUAGCAAUGUUAUGAGCUAGUCUGUAUUAAAUAGAUAUGUCCAUUUUAUAUAUGAUGUAAUAAUUAACAGUUUGUAUUUCUGAACCUGAAGAUGAAUGGUUUUGACCACUUGAUAAUGUUGGUUGCUCCUGCUGUCACUGUUAGAAGGCACUUGUUGCACCACCGGUGUAUAAAAUGACAAGGCACCUGCAAAAAUAAAUGUUUUUAUCUA